UGUUCCGUUCAGUUGCUCGCCGAUCUUUGAACGGUUCACUGCGUUAGUUUCUCUGCGUCGCGUUGGGAACAACACAAUUUGAUAUCAACUUUUGUCGAUUUGGAAAAUGGAAAAACUGGAACGCCCCGAGGCGAUAGCAACGGUGGGAGCAGCGCUUCCAGCAUUGACUAUGGAUAAUACUAGUAAAAUGGUUAGUAAACCAUUUCCAAAACCCUUCUCCAUAGAGAGUCUGAUAGCCCAUCAAACGACAACGACGACGGCGGCGACAACAUCAUCAUCUGCAUCAUCUUCGCCACCUGCCCUGACAUCUCCAUCUCCGGCCGAGGAGCAGCAGGAGCUCAAUGCUCGGGCCAUGGUGGCCAGUUCUGCCUUGGGUUUAACCCAAUUCCCCUUGUAUAAUCCCUGGCUGCAUGGCUAUUUUGCCCAGAACCAUGAGCGAUUAACCCAUUUGAUUGCCGGCGGUUGUUAUCCCACACCAAAUGGAGCCUCAGUGCCGGCUCCACCACAUGCACCACCACCUGCGCCACCACAAACAGUCUUGGACAAGCCUCAUGCCUUGGAUACUCGUUUCCUGCCCUUCAAUUCGAGUGCAGCUCCAACGGAUCUGAGCUAUCGCCGCUUGGCAGAGCUUAUGAAUCAGGAAUACGUUCACAAUUUAACUGUCCAAGCUCGUCUGCAGCAUAUGGCUUCGGCCAGACUCCAGGAUGAGCAUCACCAUCAGCAGCAACAUCAACAGCAUCAGCAUCCGGGUCAUUCCCAUUUGGAGGCCAGUCAUAGUCAAGCCUCUCACUCCUCACCCUCCAAAUCAAAUAGUCACAGUCCCAUGGAACCUGCUCUGGACGUGGGCAUGGAUGAGGAUUACGAAUGCAGCGGAGAUUCAUGCAGUGACAUAAGUCUGACCAUGUCCCCAAGAAAUUACAAUAGCGAAAUGGACAAAUCACGCAAUGGAGCCUAUACGAAUUCGGAUAGCGAAGAUUGCAGUGAUGAUGAGGGUGGCCUUCAUUCCCGACAUGAUAACUCCGGCGGCGGAGGCAGUGGCCGAGACGGUGGCAAAGACUCACAGGGCGGGAAUGGUGGCUCCAAAUCUCGACGACGACGAACAGCGUUUACCUCCGAACAAUUGCUGGAAUUGGAAAGAGAAUUUCAUGCCAAAAAGUAUCUUAGCCUAACCGAACGUAGUCAAAUAGCAACCAGUUUGAAACUGAGUGAAGUACAGGUGAAAAUCUGGUUUCAAAAUCGUCGUGCUAAAUGGAAACGUGUUAAGGCCGGCCUAACGUCACAUGGCCUGGGUCGGAAUGGUGUGACAAGUGGCACCAAAAUUGUAGUGCCCAUACCCGUGCAUGUCAAUCGAUUUGCGGUUCGCUCCCAACAUCAGCAGCUGGAGAAAAUGUGCCUAAGCGGUCCCAAACCGGAUCUGCGUAAGAAGCUAACCUCAACGGAAAUGAUUAGCGGUUUUGAAAAGUUUAAUGGCGGCGGCACGACUGGAAAUGGAGCUUCAAAUGGUGGUGGAGUGGGAGUGGGAGGAGGUGGCGGCGGUGGUGUGGGUAGCAAUGCUCCUCCUCCCAUUAGUUUGGCCUUGGGUGUUAAUUUAGCUCGAAGUAUUUAUUGAGUUUUGAAUACUUUUCUGUUGAAA